ACAAAGCCGCGUUCAUUGUUUGGGCGGAAGUUGAGCUGCCGAGCCGGAGAACUCCGCGCUCCCAAAAGCGUCACGCCAUCUCCACGUCGACCGCAGACCCGGCGUGGUCACGUGAGCGGAGAAAGCAGGUUCAAUCAGAUGACCUGUCCCAGGAAGUGGCCAAGAUGGAAAGCCGGUGAAAGGGAAAAGGAAAGGAGAUUAAUGGUGGAGAGACUUUCAGGAAUGCUACAGUAGCCAAAGUAGAAUGCAGGAAAAUGACGAAGGCUUGUCAAGCUAAGAAUCUCAACCAGCCCUCUCCAACCUGCAGUUCUCCAGAUAUAUGUGAACGCUGAACAGCCACAAUGUCCACCAAGAGGCUGUGUAAUGAAGACUACAAUGAUUACAGUUCAACAGAUGUGACUCCUGAUGGCAGUUUCCCAGAUGGCUUGAGCAAUUUUUCCAGUCCAUCAUCCUACCAACGAUUUGGAGAAGCAAAUGGAACAACAUGGUGGCAAACCUUAAUACAUCUCUUGAAAGGAAACAUUGGUACAGGCCUGUUAGGUCUCCCGUUAGCAAUAAAAAAUGCUGGCAUUGUGGUGGGCCCUGUCUGCUUGCUUUUAAUUGGAAUCAUCGCAGUACAUUGUAUGGACAUCCUGGUUAAAUGUGCUCACCAUUUCUGCCACAAGCAUCAAAAACCAUUUCUGGACUAUGGGGAUGCUGUGAUGCACGGACUAGAAGCCAGCCCCUUUUCAUGGCUCAGAACUCAUUCUAUCUGGGGAAGGUACCUAGUGAGUUUUUUCUUAAUUCUUACUCAGCUGGGAUUCUGCUGUGUGUAUUUUGUAUUCCUUGCUGACAAUUUCAAACAGGUAAUAUCUGCUGCCAAUGGUACCACCAAUGACUGCAGUGCCAAUGAAACUGCUCUGUUGGCUCCAACGAUGAGUUCUCAGUUAUAUAUCCUGUCCUUGUUACCAUUUGUGAUAUUGCUCGUCUUCAUCCAGAAUCUCAAGAUUCUUUCCAUUUUCUCCAUGGUGGCCAAUAUUCUGAUGAUUAGCAGCCUGAUAAUGUUAUACCAGUACAUUGUCUGGGACAUUCCAAAUCCUAACCAUCUGCCUUUAGUAGCGCCCUGGAAGACAAUACCUCUCUUUUUUGGUACAGCCAUCUUUGCCUAUGAAGGCAUUGGAGUGGUGCUCCCUCUAGAAAACAAAAUGAAGACCCCUCAUCACUUUCGCAUUAUUCUGUAUGUGGGAAUGGGAAUUGUCAGCGUCCUCUACCUCAGCUUGGGAACACUAGGAUAUUUGCGCUUUGGAGCUAACAUCCAGGCCAGCAUCACCCUCAAUCUGCCCAACUGUUGGUUGUACCAGUCUGUCAAGCUGCUCUACUCCAUCGGAAUCUUCUUCACUUACGCUCUGCAGUUCUAUGUCCCUGCAGAAAUAAUAAUCCCGGCGGCUGCUUCCAAGGUCCCCGAACGCUGGACUUUAUGUUGCAAACUUCUGCUGAGAGUAUUCCUGGUCUGUGUAACAUGUGCACUUGCAAUACUGAUUCCUCGCUUGGACAUUGUCAUAGCUCUGGUAGGCUCAGUAAGCAGCAGCGCUCUAGCACUUAUUAUCCCACCCAUCUUGGAGAUCUUCACCUAUUAUUCAGAAGGCAUGCACCCGCUCAUCAUAACCAAAGAUAUCCUCAUCAGCCUCCUUGGUUUUACUGGGUUUGUUGUGGGGACAUAUGAAUCCCUCUUGGAACUGAUUGUGCCAACUGUGUUCAAUGCCACCGCCGCUUUACCAUGAACUGUAACCUGUUUCAUCUUGAACCACUAUCUGCAGUUCAGCUGGAUCUUGAUGUCCUUCAUAGCAACUGCAGACGUUCGUUGCUCCUUCUUGCUUUCCAAAUCUAUUUAUUUUACAGAGAAACAGUUAAGGCUAUGGUUGAAAAGAAGGGGCUCUUUUUUAGUGCGCUUAUUUAUUUAUGCUUCUUUUUUAUAUGGGUUGAUUUAAGAGGCAUCAUCAGAACAAAAAAAUGGUGAUCAUCCCUACCUGGAAGAAACUGAAUGUCUUGCAAGUAUCCUGGAUUUUACUAAACUUCUGGAUCAAGAGCAGUGAAUGUGGGGAGAAUUAAGAAUCCUAAUGUUCCUCAAAGGUUAUUUUGAUGAAGCCCUUUGAGCAUCAUGUUACCCAUCCAUCUCUGUUUUCAUUGUUCUUGUUCUAAACUACUUCAGGCUGUCACUCCAGAAACUGUGUCUCAUUUCUAAUGUAAAUUCCUCCUUUGGAUAUUUGCAUGGAAAGAGAUAUAUAGCUUGAGAUUGGUAGCUAAAACAGAAGAAGGAAGAGCAAAUGAAACUUGGUGUGUAAUGUUAAAAACAGAUGCUGUAAGUUAAUGCUCCUAUCCCAUGAAGUUGUAUGUCUACUGGCAAUAACUGAAAACCAUAAGCACCAUCGAGCUAUAUAAUCAGUAAUGCUCAGGCAAUACCACUUGGACUGCAUAUAAAAAGGGACAUAAGGUUUAUAUUGCUAAAUCCAGCAUCCUCUCAGUCUGAUUCUGUAGCAGACUUGAUAUCAAGUUGCUCUGGGAGAAAGAUACAUGUACGAGCUGGACAUGGGAUUGAAAGAUGUUUUUAAAGAAAUAAUUUUUUAUUAUAGUUGUGUAUUUAUAGCAAAGAUGAACAAUAGGAUAUUAUAACCCAAUUCUCUGUUGUAAGCUUUGCUAUCAUAGCUUCAAGGGCAUUCGCUAAGCAUACAUUUUGAAAAAUUGGAAAUGCUAUCCCCUGAAUGUCAUGUUUAUAAUCCAAUAAGAAUGCAAUUUCAGUGUAAACAAGAAUAAUUUUACACGAGUAUACAUGUAUACAGUAUAAGAAAACACAAGGGGAGUGAGAUGCAUGGUUGUAUCUUCUGAAUUUUUUACUUCUGGAUUAUGGAAACACUUUGAGAGCUUCCUAACAAUCAUAGCCCAUUAGCGUGUGUACCUAGAUUAAAUUCAUGGGUCCAACUUUCCCACGGUUUCCUUCUUUCACAUGUGAAGAGGCCCCGACAAGCUAGUCAAUCAAAAUAGAUAAAUUGAUUGAGCAAGCACAUAAGGAUUCUCAUAUUAAAAGUGCUGUACACAUCCUGUUUUCUAUUAUUUUCACUGAUAAAAUUGCCCUUGUUCUCAGGAACAAAGGCAGAUAAAGCCCAGAAAUAUGCCCAAGCUUGCUUUAACCAAAGCCCUGCCAUAUUUUGUGGGAAAUGUAAGUCAUUGCUCUGCUAAUUACCAAAUUAAAAGAAAAUGACACUGCUAAGAAGGUUGUUGGAUUCCUAGUAAAGCUCAGAUUCUUCUGAGUAUGUCUGCAUGCAAAUGCAGCCUUAAUUAACUAAGCCAGUGUUAAAACUGAAUACUUUACCCAAAGGCUAUUUUAAUUUUUUUGUUUUAAGAUUUCAGUUGCUUCAUGGCAUUAUCAAAUAUUUGAUGCUACCAUCUCCAUUUUCUAAAACUAUCAUGCAUGUGGCUUGCAUUGUGGUUUCUUUUGUUUUUAUCCAGUUAGCUAAGGGGUCUGAAUUUGACUGUAAUCCUUAACUUAUAAUUCAAAUGCAAUUUACCUGGGAGCAAUUCUUGCUCCCUGAAUUCAGUAGAGCUUAUUUCUGUCAGUUUAUAACUUAAAAAAGGAAGAUGGAAUGCCAACCAUCUUUUAUCUCUUCCUGUAAUCACGGUUAGGCUGUAUCUUUGAUUUUUUUCAUGAAUAGCCAUACAGGAUGAAGAUGGAAGUGAGGAAUUAUCACUCUUUAGUCAUGGCACCCUGGGGGACGCAGUGGCGCAGCGGCUUAAUGACGCUGAAAGUUGCUGGCCAGAAAUGGCUGACGCUUCAGCGGU